AUGUUGCCGAGAAAUUUUUUACGAAAUUUAUUCGUCCUCUUCGGUUCAAUGUUGGAGAUAUGUUGUAGCGCACGCCAUAAUGUUGUAAUGGUGAUAUUUGAUGACCUAAGGCCAGCAUUGGGGGCUUAUGCUGAUCCGUUGGCCCAAACACCAAAUUUGGAUAGAUUUGCCAAAGGAAGUUUUCAAUUUAGCAGAGCAUAUAGCCAGCAAGCUUUGUGUGCCCCAAGCCGUAACUCGUUGUUGACCAGUCGCCGUCCAGAUACCCUACAUCUUUAUGAUUUCUAUAGCUAUUGGCGUUCGACAAGUGGGAACUACACCACACUACCUCAAUACUUUAAAUCCCAGGGUUACCACAGCUAUGGCAUUGGCAAAAUAUUCCAUCCAGGCAUCUCGUCAAAUAACAGCGAUGAUUAUCCCCUGAGUUGGUCCGUACCAGUAUUCCAUCCAAAAACCGAACGUUAUAUGAAUUCACCUGUCUGUCCAGAUAAAAUGGGAAUCCUAAAAAGAAAUCUUAUCUGCCCGGUGGAUUUAAAGACCCAACCACACAAAACAUUGCCCGAUAUAGAAUCGGUAAAUGAGGCAAUACAUUUUCUCCAAAAAAGAUCCAAAGCAAAGCAGCCCUAUUUCCUCGCCUUGGGAUUUCAUAAGCCACAUAUAAAUUUACGUUUUCCCAAAGAAUAUAUAGAACGCUUUCGGGCGGAGGAUUUUCUUAAUUACACCAACGACAAAUACAAACCCUAUGAUAUGCCCAAAGUUGCCUGGAAUCCAUAUACCGACAUACGAAAACGAGAUGAUGUCAAACGUUGGCACACUCCAUUUCCCUAUGGACCCAUAAAAAAGAUGCCAAGUGCCAAAAUCCGACAGGCCUAUUAUGCUGCAGUCUCAUAUGUGGAUGAUCUGUUUGGUAAAUUUAUGAUGGAGGUGGAUCUCAAGAAUACCAUUGUCGUGGUGACAAGUGAUCAUGGUUGGUCAUUAGGAGAACAUGCCGAAUGGGCAAAAUAUAGUAAUUUUGAAGUAGCCCUAAGGGUCCCAUUACUAAUAAGAUCGCCGGACUUUGCUGCCAUACAAAACCAAGUUAUACAUCAGUGUACGGAGUUAUUGGAUAUAUUUCCCACCUUGGUGGAAUUGGCUCAUUUACCGGCGAUUCCUAAAUGUCAAGCUGGGGCGGCUCAACAACUUACGUGCACCCAGGGAAAAUCGUUAUUGCCCCUAAUGAAGGAGGAUCCCAUAGUGGGGGAUAAAGAAUUUCAUGCCCUGAGCCAAUAUCCCCGUCCCGGAAAAAUGCCAACACAACAUCCCAACAGUGAUAAACCAAAAUUGAAAAAUAUCAAAAUAAUGGGUUAUACAUUGAGAACCAUAAAAUUUCGUUAUACUCUAUGGGUGGAUUUUAAGCCAACGAAUUUUUCAAAAGAUUGGUCCAUCAUUUAUGGCGAAGAGCUAUAUGAUCAUCGUCUUAACAAUUUGGAAGAAGUGAAUUUAGCCAAAUGGCCACAAUUUAAUGAUAUACGUCUGGAGCUCAAAGAGAAAUUAAUUCAAGCUGUUACCAAAUAA